CGGAAGUUCCCCGCCGGGCUGAAGGGGACGGCGCAGGCAUUGGGAACCACUUGUCAGCGCUGCUCUGAGGCGGAGGCUGCGCCGCGCGGGUCCGGGUUUCUUUCAUUGAGUUUGGAACCGCACAUUGAACCCUUGGAACCAUGAGCAACUACAGUGUGUCGUUGGUCGGCCCAGCUCCUUGGGGUUUCCGUCUCCAAGGUGGCAAGGAUUUCAACAUGCCCCUGACCAUCUCUAGUCUGAAAGAUGGUGGCAAGGCAUCACAGGCACAUGUGAGAAUAGGCGAUGUGGUCCUCAGCAUUGAUGGAAUUAGCGCACAUGGAAUGACUCAUCUUGAAGCCCAGAACAAGAUUAAGGGUUGUACAGGCUCUUUGAAUAUGACUCUGCAAAGAGCAUCUGCUGCAGCCAAGCCUGAGCCCGUUGCUGUCCAGAAGCCCACAGUCACCAGCGUGUGUGCCGAGCCUGCUCAGGAGCUAGCAGAGGGACAGAGAAGAGGAUCCCAGGGUGACAUUAAACAGCAAAAUGGCCCACCAAGAAAACACAUUGUGGAGCGCAACACAGAGUUUUAUCACAUCCCCACUCACAGUGAUGCCAGCAAGAAGAGGCUGAUCGAGGACACUGAAGACUGGCGCCCACGGACUGGAACAACUCAGUCUCGUUCUUUCCGGAUCCUUGCACAGAUCACCGGGACCGAACAUCUGAAAGAAUCUGAAAAUGACAAUACAAAGAAGGCAAAGUUUGACAGUUCUCUGGAAGACCUACUUAAGAGCAGACCUCACCCACCUGCAGCUCCCCAGGUGUUAAAUAUUCAUAGUCAAGUGGCCACAUUUUCUAAAGUAGCAGCCACUUACUCUAGUGUAAACAGCUCCUCAAGGACUGUAGAAGGCUCUUUGGAAGGUUCUGGAAACUUUUCUGCCUUCUCCCCUCCUGCUAGAUACAGUGCUGCAGCUGUCAGUGGUGCGGCUGCCACUGUGUCUGCCGCUCUCGCUGCAAAAACCAGGCUCUCCGGCCCUGAAAACCCUCAGUCCCUCCUGGAUGCACUUUGCAUCAGCACUGUUCCCAAGCCUCUAGUUUUUUCCUGUCUUCAGUCCUCCGAGAAGUCAAGUGGCUCUAUCCAUGUUAAGAAAAGCAGUAGCACUCAGGAGCCUUCUCAGCAGUCAGCGUCACCAGGAGCUUCACCUCUGAGCAAGUCUGAGAGCCUAGAGAGCCCAGGUUCAAGCAAGCCAGGGAUGGCUGGCCUCAGGACCGCAGCUGCCUUCAAGCCUGUAGGAUCCACCAGUGCCAUCAAGUCACCAAACUGGCAGCGUCCAAGCCAAGCAGCACCUUCUACUGGAAGAAUUACAAACAAUGCAACUUCUUCAGGUCCAGGGGUCCCUACGAACUCGGCUGUGGGGCCGCCAAGUGACCAAGACACCCUCGUGCAGAGAGCCGAGCACAUCCCAGCCGGGAAGCGAACCCCCAUGUGUGCUCACUGCGAUCAAGUCAUCAGGGGACCUUUCCUUGUGGCUCUGGGGAAGUCCUGGCACCCAGAAGAAUUUAACUGUGCUCACUGCAAAAACACGAUGGCCUACAUUGGAUUUGUUGAGGAGAAGGGAGCACUGUAUUGCGAGCUAUGUUACGAGAAGUUCUUUGCUCCUGAAUGUGGCCGCUGCCAGAGGAAGAUACUUGGAGAAGUCAUCAAUGCCUUGAAACAAACCUGGCACGUGUCCUGUUUUGUGUGUGUGGCCUGUGGAAAACCCAUUCGCAACAAUGUUUUCCACUUGGAAGAUGGAGAGCCAUACUGUGAGACAGAUUAUUAUGCCCUUUUUGGAACAAUAUGCCGUGGAUGCGAAUUCCCCAUUGAAGCUGGAGACAUGUUCCUUGAAGCUCUGGGUUAUACCUGGCAUGAUACUUGCUUUGUGUGCUCGGUGUGUUGUGAAAGUUUGGAAGGGCAGACAUUUUUCUCCAAGAAGGACAAGCCGCUUUGCAAAAAACAUGCUCAUUCUGUGAAUUUUUGAAGAUCAACAGUUCCAGGAAAGAGAAGAAAUCUGAAGAAAAAGGGGAAAACUUAAAUUACCAUUUAAUUUUUAGUUUUAAUAUUUAUAUGAAGUUCUAAAAUAGUAGUAGCCCUGAAUGGAUAAACGCCAACAUUAAAAACCAAGUCUGUGAGAAAAUGUUUGGCUUCAGAAAGUCACAGACAGUUUGGGAUUUAUUAUGACUAGCCUGUAUUUUCUGCCCAUGAAGUAGUCUUUAUAAAAAUCAAUUUCCUGACUAUUAAAUUCAUCUUAGAAUAAAUUAGUAAAGGAUUACACUUUAGAAUUAAAAACUCUAGCCUCUAUGCUAAAGUGAUACUUUCCUUGUUGGGUAGCUAUGAGAAUUCACAGAAGGCAAUAAAAGUGCCUUAAACUUUAUUCAUAAGAAUAGUUGUUUAAGAAACCUACUUUAUCUUUAAAAUAGUAAGAAAGAGUUUAAAUAAAUUUGUGAGAAGGUGGUGUCUUUUUCUUUUUAGUGUGUGUACAUGCUUUGGUUCUAUCGUUGGGUUCUUUCAGUAAGACGGUCCAGGGAAGUUUUGAUCAAAGUGUGGCAUGCCGUAAGACACACUGUGAUCUCUUAUGUUCUUCCCAAGGCUGCCAUUGUUGCUUAAAGGUUGCAGAUGCUGGCGUCCCUCCAGCUGGGGCAGUUUGCUUGCGUUGUGUGUGGCUCACUACCUGGGCUAGGCUGCCGUGCUUCUUAGGCUGAGGUGAAGAUAAUUCAGCAGUGUUAGACUCCAAUAGUUGUCUUUCUCUCUCUUUUUUAAGAGAAUAGGUAGAAGAUAAAGGGUCUAGAAAUUGGGAAAAUAAAGCAGUUGUACCUGGAAAGUAGAAAGAGCCACUACCCCCUUUCAGAUAAUGAGCUGAUUGGUUCUUGCCAUUGUGUCACGGACUGGAGAGUUGGAAACUACUCCUUGCCCAGUAAUAUUUUUGGAUUGAGGAUUAUGAUAAGAUCCAAGUUUGUGUUGUUAUUGUGUUUUUUCUUAUUUGGAGUUGUUCUGGGAUUUUGUUUGUUUGAUGUUUUUUUGUCUAGGAUUCUUUUCUAUCAGUAAGAAAUAAAUCCCCUCCAAUUGUGUGAUCAUGGAGUUAGGCAACUCUUACUCACUGGCAUUUGGUAGUGCAGGGGGUACUGUGAUCCAUUACUCACAUGGUCCUGGCAUUUGGUAGUGCAUGGGGGACUGUAAUCCAUUACUCACAUGGUCCUGUCAUUUAUUCUCUAUGAUUGGGCCGAGCAUUGUUUAGGUACCACUUGUAGUCAGGAAAGUAACCGUGAGAAAGCCAUGCAUUGUGGCUCACUGCCCAGUGAGAAAACAAGCUAUGCCAUUUAAUAUUUUUUCUCUUUGUUUCUACAAUGAAUGAAAGCCCAUGACCCUGCUGAGUUAUAGCUAAAUCUGUUGAGAGCAUGGUACUUUCAAAAUUCAGACAGUGUCCCCUGGUUCUUGCUAUCCCAUCCUUCAAGAGCACCUGUGCAUCCAUUUGUGUGUGUGUGUGUGUGUGUGUGUGUGUGUGUGUGUGUGUGUGUGUUAUAGAGGAGAUCUUAGGCUACAGUAUUUGUUUAACCUCCCCAAGAACUUUCAAGGUAUCUGUCCUGAAAGCUGCUAACUUAUGGUCUAGUGAAUUUAUAUUAUAUGCAGAUAAUAAUGAACUGGGGGAUAAAUGAGCAGGAAGAGUGACACACAUCACAAACCAGAAGCGUCUCCAGUAGCAGCCCAGACUGCCUCCUCACCUGUGCUUGUAGGGAGGCAGGAAAUGUCUUCAGAAGUCAAUGCCGCAACUUCAUGCGUUAGAUCUCAUGGCUGCUGCAGUGACCAAUAGCAGACUCGCUGGCUGGGGUGCGUUAUUUCUGAUCUGAAUGUCAGGCUUUGGCUUUAUACUACAAAAUAAGUUGGUGAUUUUUUUUUUUGAUGUGAUAGUGUUUUUUGUCUUUUAGAUGAUACAUCAUGAUAUUUGACAUUUGCAUAUUCAAAGCAUUUUCUUUGACUUGGAUUUCUUAUAAAGUUAUCUUUCUUUAAGGAUUUCAUUUUUAUUAAACUUUAUUUCUCUGUUACUUGUGUAUAUAAUGCUGCAUUUUAUAAUGCUGUAUUUCUCUAAAUUUAAUCCCUAAAACAGUAGUGUGGCUUGCUAAUUGGCAUUGUGUCUUUAUUCUUUGCCUACUAUAUUGUAUGGCAAGUUUUGUAUCUGUUCCUAA